UAUUUUUCGGACUGUUUGGGGGAAAAUACUACAUUUUUCACAAUUCCUGCCAUUUUUUUUUUGAUGAAACAAUUCAAUGAUGAAUCCAGAAAAUAUCCUUUGAAUAUUUUUUUUGUAGAUGUGUAACAAGUCUUGAUAUUUUUGACGACUUUCCAUCUGAUUUUAGUUUCACCUGUUGAAAACAUGGCAAUUAUUUCAUCAUUGAACUCAUUUAAUAAAAUCACCUUUUUUUUUUUUUUUUUUUAACUGAAGAGGUUGUAUUUGUAUUAAAUCCUCUUGUUUCUCUCCUGUGUUUGUUCAUAAAGGAUAAAUAACCUGAAAUGAUGUCUUGUAACGUGUGAUCGCUUUGAAUACCCGUCACCCCCUGAACACACAAACUGUUUCCGUCCUGUUUCAGUGUAAGAGCGUCCAGCUGAUGCUGGAGGGCCUCGGGGGUGAGCGGGGGGCUCUGCGGCCCCGGCUGGAGGCUUUGGAGCAGGACGUGAGCCGGCUGGAGGAGUGGUCCUCUGGGCUGAAUGAGAAACGAGCUCAGCUUCAGACCAGCCAGACGUCACUGAAGGACGCCGUGGGACAGAUCGAAGAGCGCACCUCGGCCAUCGCAACGGACUUUGCCAACAAGGUGGCGUCGGUGAGGACAGACGUGCGCAGGAUGGACGGUCUGCAGUCCGAGCUGGAGUCUCUGCUCACUCAGGUGGCGGAGCUCGAGGACAAGACCACUCAGGUGGAGCACAGCAUGGUCAAACGCAUCGGGGACGUGCUGACCAGCAGCAUCGACCGAGUCUCCAAUCUCCGCGCCGCGUGUGAACGCAACACCCAGGCCAUAGAGAAGCUCCGCGGGCGCGUCCCUGAACUCACCGCCGCUGACGAGCAGAUCUCUGAGCGCAUGCGGGAGCUGCAGAGCGGCAGAGCUCGCAUGAUAAGAACGCUGACUUUCGCCGCCGACCUUAAACCCAAAGUCGCAGCCAUUAAGAGGGACUUUGGGGCGUUUGAGCCUCAGCUGUCAGACCUGACUCUGCGGAUAGGGAGACUGGCAGAGGAGCUGAUGAAGAGAGAGCAGGAGGUGGCUGAGCUUAGACAGACACUGGCCAACCUCACUGCAGUGGAGGGAGAUUUAAACGUUACAUCUAAACAGGUUAGUGAAAUAGCUAAUAUAUCUGACAUUGGAGAGAUGCACCGGCCAACAUGAGCAGCACACUUCAACGUCCUCGAGAUCAACGUUUUCAUACUACUGUUUGAAGGUUUGCCAAAAUAAACCUUUUUUUAACACCAAACUUUGACUCGGUGUAUGAAUGACUCAGAGUGAUGUCUGAGCAUGUUAAUCAAACUGCAACUUCGCUUCCAGCCUUGGGCCCCUUGUUGCAUGUCUCACCUCUCUCUCUCUCUCUGUCUCCCCUAUUUCUACACCCAUCAUCUCUCAUAUAAAGGUGAAAAUUCCUCCCCAAAAACAUC